GUUCCAACAUGAUCAAUAUAUUUACUCUAAUAAUUAUCAAUUUCUUUACCAAAAGAAUAGCUACGAGGAUCAGGCUUUAAUUGAUUUCAACUUUCCCCUAAUGUUGUAAGUCCUUCCACGUCCUGGACCUUCAUGGCCACUAAUAUUAGCUUUUCCGAUUGGGAGAAUUGAAAAGAAACACAAAACAAAUAUAAAUAUUGAAGUUAUGUGUCGCCCUUCCUUAUUGGGUAUGACUAUUGCAUUGACGAGUGUUUGCUGUUGUAAUGAUAGUUUCACAGUGUGCAGAAUAAUCGAAUUUAACUCAGAAUCAUCGGCAAAUUAAUUCAGUUAAAUUUGACGAAUCUGGGAGGAACGACUUUCUACGUGAAAAAUACGGAUUUCUGUAACAGCAUCGGCGGAGGUCCUGAAUGCAUUGAUCAAUGGACUUCCACAAGGAUACAUUUUUGAUCCUGACAUACAUGGGAUUAUGGAAGCCUCGAAAUUUGUCAAAGUGGAAAUCUAUAUCUUACAAUCUUUAUUCAGCAGCGGUUAUAUCAAUGAUGAUUACAUAUGGGCUUUCACGAUUUAUUAAUAUUGUCGUCGCAAGUAAAAAUAUGGCUCAAUUCAUAUUUCUCACAGUACUUGGAAGUGGUUUGAAAGGCUGCAAUCUAUUUUUCUACUGUUCAAAAUUUAUGAAUAUUUUGGAAACCGUCAGCCGACCUCCCUUUCAGUGUCAAUCAGCUGAAGAAUCAGCAGUUCAUCAUCAAUUCAGCAGGGAAGUUCGACGUAUUUCACGUUAUUCGAUUAUGUACCUCAUGAUAGCUGCACCAUAUUACGGAAUUGAUGCAUUCGUAACAGCUCUUCCUACGAGAAAGUUACCCCUCGAAUGCUGGUUGCCCUAUGAUUAUUCCAGCCUAUUCUCAUGGAGUUUCUCCUCGGUGUACCUCAUACUCGGUAUGUUUUGGGCGAUUAUAUUCAACGGAGUAUACAAUUCGCUCUCCUUCGAGAUGAUGAUGCAAGUAGUCCUCCAGGUGAAGAUAUUGAAGAUUCGUCUUCGAAAUAUGAUAAACACUCUGCACAAUGCGGAGCUAAAAAACAAUUCUUCUGAAGUCAAUCGACUGCUACAUCAACUGGAACGUCAAUCAUUGCAUCAUUGUGUUCAAUAUCACAAUGCUGUCCUAAGACUCAGCAAAGAUAUCAAGUCCAUGCUUUCCACCAUAAUAUUGAUACAAUACUCAGUAACUUCAAUUACCUUAUGUACAACUGUUUAUCUCAUGACCAAAACACCAGUAUUUUCGACAAAUUUCUUUAGCUUCAGCUUUUACUUCGUAUUCAUAUUUCAUCAAAUAUACAUUCUCUGUUACGCUGGUCACCGAACCCGAAUGGAGUUUGACAGUAUUGGAGAGGUUCUAUAUACCGCCAAUUGGUUUACGCUGAGCGAACCUUCCAAGCAAUCCAUAAAGUUUAUUAUGAUAAAUGCUGCGAAACCGUUUGUUUUUACUUGCGGUGGCAUCCUAAAAUUGGAUAUCGAUGCACUGAAGAAUGUUAGUAUUACGCAAUUCAAUUCGACUCAAGUGAAAAGCACCGACUAUUCAUUUACCGAUGUGAUGAUUUUUUUUCAGACACUUCAGUUGGCCUAUUCAAUCUACAACAUCCUCUAGAAUGUUGUCUAAGCAACUAUCCCCAUCGCUAUCAAUCUGCAGCUACCCCUAGACAUUCAGAGGGUCUAGGGGCGCAACCUCCCCCUUCACUAGGUGUAUCAUGUCUUGGAAUCACGACAAACUCCAAAGGGAACGGUUUGUUAGGACAUUACAGUGGUAUGGAAACAGAAAUUUUUUUUUCGAAAAAAGUAAUAAUUUUUUACAAUGCCAAGUCGCUGCAUUAGUUAUUCAUUUGGAGUGAAUUUCGAUUUUUUUUAUUGGUUUGUAGGAAUGGAAGUUAUACAAUAUAUCAGUGUCUAGAAAUGACAAUAUUUUUGUUCAAAAGGAAUAUGAAUAUUUUUAUUCAAGUAAUUCAGUCAUUCAGGCUCCAUUAUAACUCCUUAGAAAAGUCUGCAACUGUAUAAUGAUUGCAUCGAUUGAGAUGCUCUGUAAAAGUCAAUAACCAAAAUGUAUUUAUGAUCAAUAAUCGGUACGGAAUUGAUAAGAAUUUUAUGCUUAUUCUUCGCAACGUGAUCUUCUCCUCAGGACAGAGAUAAUUUUUAUCAUUAAACUAAAUUACGAGGAAAAUAGUUUCUCUAAAAUUAACCCGUUAUCACUGAGAUUCAAAAUAAA